CCCUAAAGUGGCUGCUAAACCGUGUCGGUUCAAUCCUUCUUCUUCAUUAUCAUCAUCUUCAUCUUCUUCUUCUCUCUUUCUUCGUGCCACUGAUCGCUCUCACUCUGUUCUUUUCAUAUCUCUUUCUCUCUCUGCAUGUCGGUUUCUUCUCAGAUUUCUAUUAUCUCCUUUUUCACUGUUUUUGUAGUUCCAGUUCUUCGCAUUUUUCGUUUUAGUAUUGAUUGUUUGAGUGGUUUUGUUCGUCUGAUCUUCUGUUCAAACUUCCGUUUACGUCCUUCGAAUUCGAGUUUGAGUUUGAGCUCUUCUUCUAGUGCAUUUCUCCUUCAGUUUCCUUUGAUUUUAUGACUCCAAUUCGUCUCCACCGCUUUCAAUCGUCAACAUCCUCUUUCCGCUUCCAUCUUCGGUGCUGGUUCGUCUCAGAUCUUUGAGAUUUCUACUGAAAAAUGAUGGAUCCGAUCGAGGAAGGAUCGGAGUUCAAGGAUGCUGGAAAGACAUCGCCGAUGGAGAGUGAGCAGAAUAAAAAGACCUGCGCCGAUUGUGGAACGACGAAGACUCCUCUCUGGCGUGGAGGUCCGGCUGGCCCUAAGUCUCUUUGCAAUGCGUGUGGGAUCAGAAGUAGGAAGAAGAGAAGAUCGCUACUAGGUUUAAACAGAGGAGGGGAAGUAGAGAGGAAAAACAAGGGUAGUAGUAACAACAGAAACAACAAUGGCGGUGGAAAUCAAGGAAAAAUUGGUGGAGAAAGCUUGAAAUGGAGAUCGAUGGCGUUUGGUAGAAAAGAAUUAAUGCAAAGGAGACAGUUGGGAGAGGAAGAGCAAGCUGCUGUUUUGUUAAUGGCUCUUUCUUAUGGAUCUGUAUAUGCUUGAAAUGCUAAUAUAAUUAAUGGAAUAGUUCCAUUUUUUCUUUUUUUGGAGCCUUUAUGAUUUCUUCAGAGUAUUUAACCUUUUAACUGUAAUGUAGCAUUUGAGCAUUUCCUUUCUUCAAUGGAUUGAUUCUCUUUUAUUUUG